CAAAGCGUAGGAAGGGGAAAAAAGUCUGUGCUUUCUUUAGGACAGUAUGGACAUCUUUAAAGUCAACUUUCAUUCACCACGACCCAAACAGAGUGGUGUGUAUUCAACCACAGCCAGAUCUAUCGGAUCCCGAGCUGAUGCAUGUUUCAAUUCCUGUGAGAAACAAGCCAAGGCUAGACGCAUAUCCUGAGCUGGAGUGUUUGCCAGGGCAGGUGUAUGAAGAAGAUCUGGAGCAAACGCCAGACUCAGAUCCUGAGCUGGUUUCUGAAGAUCUGGAGUCCCUGUGUGAGUCAGGUUGCUCGUGGAUCGAGCAAACACCAGACGCAGAAUCUGCUGAUUCUGUGAUGUCGCCUGCUUCACUUCCCUCCACUUCUGAUCUGGAUGACGAAAAACCUAAGAAAGGAAGGAAGAAGAGAGCUCUCCGUGCCUUCUUUCGGAGAUUAGGCAAGGCUGCACAGCUGCUCUUCCUCGGCCAUGAGCCGGACAGUGUUCAGCCUUUUGCACCAGUGUCGGAUCUGACCAACUCCGAGCGGAAGUUUUCCCUGAUUUCAUCCGAGAUCGAAUCGCCUGUCGGACUGCAAUACGGAACUAGGAUUUCUACUUUUCAAGUGGAAGAAAUUAUAGGAUCAGGAGUUUAUGGUCAGAUUUAUGAAGGAACAGACAUAUUUAAUAAGAGAAUCAAGGUUGCCAUCAAGCAUAUACCUAAGAAUGGACAUGACCAUUUUAUUGACACUCCCGAUCAUUCCAAACCUGUGCUUGCAGAAGUGGCACUGAUGCUGCGUUUGGGACAAGCUCCCUCAUGCCCCAACAUCAUCGAAUUACACCACUGGAUUGAGGACGAGGAUAGCUUCAAUCUCAUCAUGGAGAAGCCUGAUCCAUGCCAGAACUUGUGGCAAUACAUCACCGAUACAGACGACAUCACCGAAGCAAAAGCACGCUGGAUGAUUCGUCAGUUAGUCCAGGCUAUAAAACACUGCGUUGACCGUGGAGUUUUUCAUGGUGAUAUGCACUUGGGGAACAUCCUGAUGGUGACCGACGACAGUCUGACGCUAAAAUUGAUUGACUUUGGAUCUGGUCGUCUAAUUACUAGUGAGGGCUUUAACAGCAGUGAAUAUCAAGGAGCAGAGCGGUACACCCCACCUGAAGUCUUGAUGGACACCGUGUUCUACGCCGAGCCAGCAUACGUCUGGGCUGUAGGUCUUGUGCUGUUCGAGAUCAUGCACAGUCGUCUGCCCUUUAAAACCGCGAACGACAUACCGGAUGACUAUCUUGACACGAGUCUGGACUUAUCCCCAGAAUACCGAGACCUGAUUUUCCGGUGUUUGAUGCGUGAUCCAGCCAAGCGACUGACGCUAGACCAGCUGGAGAAGCACAGCUGGUAUGAAAAGUAGAAUCCCGUGCAUCAGUCGAGAAGAGGUAACGUAACACAGAGAAAAAGGAAAACACGUUUGCAGUGCAAAGAAGUUAUUUUUCAAUUCUGAAUUGUGUUGUGUGACCAGGAUGUAGAUGAUGUACAAAAGACUGAGGACGGCUUCAUCAAAAAAUAAUUGAGGAAGUGAAGUGAUGAAAGGACAGCAUAUGCAUGCACAUCUAAUAAAAAAAUAAAAAAAAUAAAAAAAAGAGAAGAGGUGUUAGUGAGGCCUGCAGGGGGCGCUGCUCACCCUGUGCUCCGUGUGGGUCUUUUUUCAUUUUUUUUUAUAGACAUAGUUAUAACAUUAACAAAAGGCUUCCACAAAUUCAAAUUGUCCAGCCAACCUUAGGCUUAAAUACACAUAUUGUAGCAUAAUAUAGAUAACAUUCCCAUCAGUGGGCUAAGUAAAUCUAAGCCAAGGUGAAACCAUAAAAAAAAAA